AUGUAUAAUUACAUGAAAUCAAACAAUCUACCAGUUGACCAGAAACAGAGAAAAUUAACUCAGUUAGCAUCAACACACAACCAAUAUCAACCAUUUUCUUCUUAUUAUCUUUGGUAUCUAAUAGACAGAUUUCAUUUUAUCAUUGAUGACAUUCAAUCAAUUUUAACAUUUACGAAAAACACUUGUUUUAAUGAAUUUGCGAACAAAUUUAUGAAUGAAAGACAAAAGGCUGAAUUAGAAGGAAAUAAAGGAAAAAGUUUAUUUUGCAAAAUUUCACUUAAUGGAUCAUAUGGUUACGAUGCAAUGAAUACACAAAAUUACGCAAAGACUAAAAUAAUGAAUGCACAGAAGGCACGCGUUGCAUGUAUGUCAAAUAAGUUUAAAAACAUAAGAGAAAUAGGUGAAGAUACAUAUCAAGUGAUGCUCAAAGAUAGAUUUUAUAGAUGUGAUACAUGUUUACAAGAGGCAUUCUUCACUUUAGAUAAUGCUAAAUACUGGUAUUUGGUUUUCAUUUAUGAUUUUAUGUAUAAAUGCAUGGAUGUUAAUCGUUUUCAUUUCAUUGAAGGUGAUACUGAUUCAUCAUAUUGGGCAAUCGCUGGCGACCCAAAUCUUCCUAACACUCAAGCAUUUCAAGCAAUUGUUACCGAUAAAAAAUUUUAUGAUAAAAACAUUUUCAAAUUCGCACCUUUUGAUUUCUUCUGUUUUGAUGAGAAAUUUAAACCUAAAUUAAAGAAUAAAGCUGAAGAAAAAGCACAUGAGAAGAAGUUAUUGGGUUUAGCAAUUGAGAAACAAGGUGAUAACAUGGUUGCUUUAUGCCCUAAGUGUUAUACAUCAUUCAACGGUUCAAUUGAUGGAAGUGAUUUUAAAAAGAUUGCACAAAAAAUGAAAGGUGUAAGUUUACGACAAAAUAAACAAUUAACACCUAAAAAUUAUUUGGAUAUAAUAAAUGAUAAAGUGAUAUUUGAUGGUCAAAAUAUUAAUUUACAACUUAAAAACGGGUCAAUGACUCGCUUAACAAUCGGUAAGACUGCAUUAACAGGAGCACACACUAAGGCUGUAUGUUGUGAAAAUGGAUGUUGUAUGCCAUUUAUUUAA